CUCACAGGAGUCCUAGAUGAUUGUUUGUGUGACAUAGAAAGCAUUGAUGACUUCAAUACUUUCAAGAUCUUCCCCAAAAUACAGAAACUGCAAGAACGUGAUUACUUCAGAUAUUACAAGGUCAACCUGAAGAGACCAUGCCCAUUUUGGGCUGAUGAUGGCCAUUGUUCUAUCAAAGAUUGUCAUGUAGAGCCUUGUCCUGAGAGCAAAAUACCUGUUGGAAUUAAGGCUGGGAGCUCUAAUAAAUAUUCAAAAGUGGCAAAUAAUUCCAAAGAAUUUGAAGACUGUGAGCAAGCUAACAAACUGGGAGCGGUUAACAGUACCUUAAGUAACCAAAGUAAGGAGGCUUUCAUUGACUGGGCAAGAUACGAUGAUUCACAGGAUCAUUUUUGUGAACUUGAUGAUGAGAGAUCUCCAGAUGCACAGUAUGUGGAUUUGCUGCUGAAUCCAGAACGUUACACUGGAUACAAGGGGCCUUCUGCUUGGAGAGUGUGGAACAGCAUCUACGAAGAAAACUGCUUCAAGCCUCGAUCUGUCUAUCGUCCUUUAAAUCCACUGGCGCCUAGUAGGGGAGGAGAUGAUGGAGAAUCUUUCUACACAUGGCUAGAAGGUCUUUGCCUUGAGAAAAGAGUGUUUUAUAAACUGAUUUCUGGUCUUCAUGCUAGCAUCAACUUGCAUCUGUGUGCAAAUUAUCUUCUUGAAGAAACCUGGGGGAAGCCUCGCUGGGGACCGAACGUGAAAGAGUUCACUCGCCGCUUUGACCCUACUGAAACAAAAGGAGAAGGACCGAGGAGGCUCAAAAAUUUGUAUUUCUUAUAUUUGAUAGAGCUGCGUGCUUUGUCAAAGGUGGCACCGUACUUUGAGCGUUCAGUUGUUGACCUUUACACUGGAAAUGGCCAUGAAGAUGCUGAAUCUAAAGCUCUCUUGUUGGAUAUCUUCAGGGAUACAAAGUCCUUCCAUAUGCACUUUGAUGAAAAGUCCAUGUUUGCUGGAGAUAAAAAAGGAGCUAAGUCAUUAAAGGAAGAAUUCAGAUUGCAUUUCAAGAACAUAUCCCGCAUAAUGGAUUGUGUUGGAUGUGACAAAUGCAGGCUGUGGGGCAAACUGCAGACUCAAGGCUUAGGAACUGCUCUGAAGAUCUUGUUUUCUGAGAAAGAAAUACAGAGCCUUCCUGAGAAUAGCCCAUCAAAAGGUUUUCAACUCACACGUCAAGAAAUAGUUGCUCUUGUAAAUGCCUUUGGAAGGCUUUCCACAAGUAUAAGAGAGUUGCAGAAUUUUAAAGUUUUAUUACAACAAACUAGGUAAUGAAGGCCUUUGCACAAGCCAUUAGUGAAGACCAUUUACAUGACUGCAUUGAGCAAAAGGAACUGAUCCUUAGAGGACUCAUAUGAACUGAUAAAAAGUAAAAUCAAAUACCAACUUGAAUAUUUAUGUUUGAACGAGGAAUGGAUAUUAAUUAGAAAAGAUAUUUAUGAAUGAAAUAUAUGGUUUUUAAAUGUGUAAAUUAUGCUGAUCGGUUUUAUUUUUUAAGUUCUCUGCUCACAGUUCUGUUGUACUGAAACUUCAUAAAUUUUCUUUAUUUCCUUGUCUUUCUGAGACGGUUGUUUUAUAUGAAAACAUAUGUACCUCCACCCUGACUUGGCCUGUCCUGAGAGAGGUGGUUUACCUCUUGCUUCUCCCCAGUACCCAGCUCAGUAUAUUCUGAGGAUUGGGUAUGCUGAUUCUGGCUAUCUAAAAGAA